AUGUCCGACCAGGCCACGGAAGCACCGCUACCGAGCGCAACGAUGGAAGCUGCCAACAGCAGCGACCGACAGGGAUCGGAAACGGCGGAGAAGGUAGUAACGUCCACGGUGGUGCCGACGGUGAGAACGAUCGAAACGGUGGAGACGGCCACGAUGACUGAUGACGCAGAGCCGCCACGGCAAGAAAGUGAAAGUUCCGCCACGGAACAGCAGCAGCCAGCAGCAGCAGUCGGAGAGGUGAUCAGCGGCGACGAUGGCGCGAUCAAGGAACCGGUGGAAGCGGAGGAGGAGCCGGACACAUUGUCCCCGCUGAUGACGGACAAUCACACGUUCCUGCAGCACCAGGAGCUGCUGCGCGAGGGACCGUUGGCCGACGCAGACGCUGAGGCCGAAGACCGGCGGCUCGCCGGGGAAGAAGCGGGCCACCAUCACCACCGGCAUCUUCACGGCGAGGGUGAGGAAGAGGUCCACGAUUACGGGAUCUACGACGACGACGAGGACGACGAGGGGGAGGACAUCGAGGAUGAGGACGAGGACGAGAUGUUUAUGCGCGACGACGAAGACGACGGGGAACGGGGAGCCGGCCCGAUGAACAUGAAGCACUCCGACACGAAGGAAUCGAUCAGCUCAAUCGACAGCGACGUUUCGCUGUCGUACGAUCGGCGCAGCCUAACCGGCGAGACCAACACCGGUGGGGUGAUGGCGGGGCCGGCGCGUCACCACCGGCACCCGGUGGAGGACAUCGGGGCCGGAUCGUCUGAUGACGCGGCCAAGGAUUCGGGCUGCGAGAUUGCGAAGCAACAAUCGGGCGACGGUGGCACGCUGACGGCCGAACCGGACGCGGAUGAUGUGGACGGCGAGGAAGAAGCGUUCGAGACGCCGGACGAUGAGACGUGCGAGAGGAUCGUCGAGCAGGUGGAGUUCUACUUCUCGAACGACAACAUCCUGAAGGACGCGUUCCUGCUGAAGCACGUCCGGCGCAACAAGGAGGGCUUCGUCAGUCUGAAGCUGGUGUCGAGCUUCAAGCGCGUCCGCCAGCUGACGAAGGACUGGCGUGUGGUGGGGUACGCGAUCAAGCGGAGCAGCGCCAAGAUCGAGGUGAACGACCUCGGCACCAAGAUCCGCCGGUUGGAGGCACUACCGGAGCACGACGAAACGACGCCGUCACGCACGGUCGUCGCCACGGGGCUGCCGUAUGACAAGUACACGGUCGAGAAGGUAUCGGAACUGUUCUCGAAGUGUGGCGAAAUUUCGCUCAUCCGUGUCCUGCGCCCCGGUGGCCCGAUACCGGCGGACGUGCGCCAGUUCAUCAACAAACAUCCGGAACUGCAGCAGAACGAAUGCGCCCUGGUGGAGUUCACCGAGUCGGCGUCAGCCCGGCGGGCCCAGUCACUGGCGGAGUUUGUCGUGCUGGAGCUGGUGGCGCCGAAGAAGAAGACGGGCAAGAAGGCGACCAACGUGACGAAGUUCGUCGAGAGCUACAAGUUUGCCGCCGGCCACGACAUCGAGCGUAGCCGGGGUGGUGAAGGGUUCGACCGGUUCCGGAUGCGGCGCGGUUCCGGCUUCUACCCGAAGCCGGACACCAUGCUGAUGAGCACGGUAUAUCAACCGCCGCCCCAUCACCACCACCAUCACCACCACGGUCAGCCGCAGAUGGGAGGUCCGCUGCUGAUGCAACAGGAGUCGUCGCCUCCGCUCCAGUACAUGCCGCACUCGCCGCAGCCACGCAAGUACUCUUUCGGGGCGGACUCCUUCGAGUGCUUCCAGCAGCAGCACCAGCCGCAACGGCGGACCAGUGCCUACUCACUCGGUUCGGACACGGCACCGGCGGUGGCGCGCAAGUUCUCGAACUGCUCCGAGGGCUACUCAAGCUGUGGCGAGAUGUCACGCCGCACGUCGGCCUGCUCCUCCGAGGCACCGUCCUCGAGACGGGCAUCCAACUGUUCCGAGUUUUGCGCUUGCACCGUGCCGCGCCGGAUCUCGCAGUGCUCCGGCAACGAGCUGAUGUUCCGCCGAAUCUCGCAGUGCUCGGCCGACCAUUCGACGCAGGCCGGUAUCCGCAAGUACUCGGUGGGAUCGAACUACGAUCGCAAGUACACCAACUCGCCAGAACUGGUCCAGCAGCAGCAGCAGCCAUCCGCCACAGGACCGCACCUGCUGCAGCGCCGUAUCUCAAUGGAGUCGAACGGUGGGUUCGAUAGGAAGUACUCAUCCGGGUCGAUCACCGGCUACCACACGGACAGUCCGCACAUCUCGCCGCGCAAGUACUCGAACGGGUUCGACCCGCUGCGCAAGCUGUCCAGUGGCUCCGACCAGUACUACUACGGACGUAAGAUCUCGACCGACUCUGGCUACGAUCGCCGGAUCUCGAUCGGGUCCGAGUGCGGAUCGGCACCGCGCUCUCGCACCGGCAGCAUACUCUGUAGUCAGCACGGUCCAGCGACGACGACGGGCUCGGCCCUGCCACUGAUGCCGGGUGGUGCCGAGACGGUCGUUAGGACACCGAUCGGACCGGACGGCAGCAAGGGCUUUGGGACGCGCACCAGACGCAUCGGCCACAUCGUGCCACCGGCCUAG